UGCCCUCUGGGCUGCCCGCUCCCGCCCAGCCCGCUGCCGGUGGAGGCCCCCGAGCCUGCAGCCCCCCACCCAGCCCGGCGGCUCUCGGCACAGCCCCGUCCCUCCUCGCCAUGGCCAUCUCCUCCCGCCUCGCCCUCUGGGAGCAGAAGAUCCGGGACGAGGAUCGGGGCCCAGCCCCAUCUCCCCCCCCUCUGCUCCUCUCUGUCAUCCCCGGGGGGUUCAUCAAGCAGCUCGUGAGGGAGACUGAGAAGGAAGCCAAGGUGGCCAAGCAGAAGAAAGAGGCCAAGGCCAGCUUGAAACAGGAGCCCGUGGAGGAGGACAAGGCCAGAGAGCACCCCAGCCAGCAAGGGUACAGCCACUGCAGAACGGGGCUGCACACCGUUGGAGCAGAGGGGCAAGGGGUCCCUCCCCCCACACCCAAGGAGCCUGCCACCUGGGAAGGCUGCCCAGGGACCACCCUCCAGCAAAGCCCCUGCACCCAGCACAGCAGCAGCUGCCCCCAAAGCAGUGGAGCCCCCUCAGAGAGGCUAAAGAGGCACCAAAGGAGAGCAAAGAGGAGGCACCAAAGGAGAGCAAAGAGGCACCAAAGAGAGAGCAAAGAGGAGGCCUCAGCAGGAGCGAGUACAGAGGAGGGCCGAGGCCACAGCCAAGGAGCAGGCUCCGAGGGACGUUGGUACGAAGCAGAGAAGGUCUGGCUGAUCCAGGAGGAUGGCUUCACCCUUGCCACCCAACUGAAACCCGAACGUGGGGACCCCCGAGCUGCCGGGCGGGGAGGGUGAGGGUUGCGGCGGGAGGUGGAUGGCAGCGUCACCGAGGUGGAUGAGGAGAGAGUGCAGCGGACCAACCCCCCCAGCCUGGAUUACGCCGAGGAUUUGGCCUCGCUCCUCAGCCUCAACGAGUGCAGUGCCCUCCACACGCUGCAGCAGCGCUACCGCGCCCGCCAGCCCUGCACCUUCGCCCGGGCACAGCCUGGUGGCCAUCGGGGCGAGGUGCUGAAGGGGAAGCGAGAGGGCCUGGCCCCAGACAUCUGCUCGGUGGCACAGAGAGCCUACAGGAAUCUGCUGCUGCAGAGGAGGGACCAGAGCAUCCUGCCCAUGGGGCGCAGUGGGGCCGGGAAAACCUCGUGCUGCCAGAGAGCCCUGGAGUACCUGGUGGGCACGGCGGGCAGCCCUGGAGGGCAGGGCCUGGAGGGCAGGGUGUCAGUAGAGAAGAUCCAGGCGAUGUUCACGGUGCUGAGAGCCUUUGGCUCAGUGACCACCAGGCACAGCUCCAGCUCCACACGUUUCUCCAUGCUCCUGUCCCUGGAUUUCAGCGCCACGGGGCAGAUAACUGCUGCUCACCUCCAGACCAUGCUGCUGGAGCGGGGCCGUGUUGCCCAGCAGCCUCCCGGGGAGAGCAGCUUCAACAUCUUCCCCCUGAUGCUGGCGGGGCUGGAUGCAGCAGAGAGGACAAUGCUGCACUUACACCAGGUGACUGAGAGCAACUCCUUUGGGAUCAAACCCUUCUCUAAGCCCGAGGAGAAGCAGAAAGCCUCAGUGGCCUUUGCCCAGCUGCGGGCUGCCAUGGGCACCUUGGGCAUCACAGCAGAGGAGCAGGUGGCCAUCUGGCACAUCUUAGCUGCCAUCUAUCACCUGGGAGCUGCUGGUGCCUGUAAAGUCGGCAGGAAACAAUUCAUGAAUCGACAGCGCCAGCAAAGCUGCAGAGGUGCUGGGCUGUGACCUGAGGAUUUCACCACCUCUGUUCUUCAAACAUACCUGAAGCAGAUCCUGGCACAGGUGACAGCUCGGGGGGCUCGGCGACCCCCGGAGGAGGAGAGCCAGGCAGGGCCGAAGCUGACGGGUGUGGAGUGUGUGGAGGGGAUGGGCUCGGGUCUCUACGAGGAGCUCUUUGUCAUUGUCUCACUCAUCAACAGGUCCUUCUCCUCCCAGCACCUCUCAGUGGCCUCCAUCACCGGUGACACUCCUGGCUGGCCUCAACCCCCGGCACCAGGGGGUGACAGGGCAGCCACCUUCGAGGAGCUCUGCCACAACUACCCUGCAGGAGAGGCUCAGGCUCUGUUCUAUGACAAAACCUUUGUUUCAGAGCUGCAGAGGUACAGAGAGGAGAAUGUUGAGGUGUCUUUUGAUCUUCCAGAGCGCUCACCACUGGCCACCCUGUCUGUCAUCGACCUGAACUCCUCCCAGCCUCAGGUGCUGCCUGGCAGCCCGGGGGCUGCUGCUCGGGGGCUGCUGGGGAUCCUGGAUGAGGAGGUGCUGACCCCUGGCUCUGGAGAUGCCUCUGCCUUCGACCGCCUCUGCUCCUACUUCAUCCCACGAGGACCCGAGGAGCACGGGGGUGAUGCAGGGGACAGCCCCAUGCGCCGGUGCCAGCAGGAGCUGCACUUCGAGCUGGGCCACGGGCUGGGAACCGACCCGGUGCGCUACGACCUGACGGGCUGGGUCAGCAAAGCCAAGUUCAACCUCUCGGCCGAAAUGCCAUCCAGGUGCUUGCAGCAGUCCAAGCUAGCUGCCGUGCAGGAGCUGGUGUGUCCGUGGCGCCGGGGGCCGGGGCCGUGCCGGGGUCUGGCCGGGCUGGAGGGCUCCUCCCAGGCUGCCCGGCACCGCAACGCCUGCCUGAGGAGGAGCUUCAGCACCGGGCUGGCUGCAGGGAGGAGGAGGUCGGUGUGUGCCCAGCUGAAGAUGCAGGCGGAUGCUCUCACCAACCUGCUCUGGAGGACCCAGCUGCACUUCAUCCACUGCCUCGUCCCAGGACCAGGGGUUGGGAGGCUGGAUGAGGCAUCCCUGGAGCUGGAUGUGCCCACCCUGCGAGCACAGCUGGAGGGGACACAGCUCCUGGAUGCCCUUCGCCUGCACCGCAUCGGGUAUGCAGAUCGCCUGCUCCUGUCCCACUUCCGAAGGCGCUUCCAGGUCCUGGCUCCGGAUGUGAUGAGGAAGUUUGGCUCUGCCAACGAGGUGCCCGAUGAGAGCAAGGUGAUAGAGGAGCUGUUCCAAGCCCUGGAUCUGGAGAAGAAGAGCGUUGCCAUAGGACACAGCCAGGUUUUCCUGAAGCCAGGGGUCAUGUCCAGGCUGGAGAAGCAGCGUGACAAGCUGAUAACCCAGCAGCUCAUCCUCCUCCAGGCUGCCUGCAGGGGCUUCCUCAGCCGGCAGAAGUUCAAGAGGCUGAAGAUCCAGCGCCUGGCAAUCCGCUGUGUCCAGAAGAACCUGGUGCUCUUCCAGGCUGUCAGACACUGGUCCUGGUGGCAGCUGCUGAGCCGCCUGCGGCCCCUGCUCAGUGUGAACCUGACUGAGGAGCAGCUCCGUGUGAAGGAAGAGGAGCUGGCAGCACUGAGGAGGAAGCUGGAAAAAUCUGAGCAGGCGUGCAGUGAGCUCAGGCAGACCACGGAGAAGCUGGAGAGCAAGAUCAUGGACCUGACGACGGAGCUGUGGGAUGAGAGGCACAAGGGGGAUGUUGCCUGCCAGGUCCUGGAUGGGGAGCGGGCAGAGAGGCUGCGGGGUGCCCGGGAGCUGCAGGACCUACAGAGCAAACACGAGCAAGUGCAGAAGAAACUGGAGUCAGUGGAGAAGCAGCUGGAGGAGGCCCAGCAGCUGGUUCAGUUGCGUGAGAUGAAGAUAAGUGGCUCUGGAGGAGGGGAGGAGUGGGAAGUGCGUUUUGACUGCGCUCAGACAGAGAUCACCUUCCUGCGGAAGCGCCUGGGGCAGCUGGAGGAGAGGCUGGAGGCUGAGCUGGCCACCAGGACAGGGCUGGAGCAACAGCUGGGGCAGGCACAGGCAGCCUGCGAGGCGUCCCGGAGCCGCUCCCUGCAGCUGCGGCGGCGAUGCCGGCGUCUGGAGGGGGAGCUGGAGGAUGCCCGGGUGCUCGCCGAGAGCCAGCAGAGCCGCAGCCACGAGCUGGAGAAGAGGCAGAAGAAGUUUGACCUGCAGUUAGCCCAGGCCCUGGGGGAGUCUGCCUUUGAGAAGAGCCUCCGUGAAAAAGUGUCCCAGGAGAACACCAGCAUCCGCUGGGAGAUGGGGAAACUGCAGCAAAGCCUGGAGCAGAAGGAGGCAGAGGUGUCCAGGCUGGCAGAGAAGGUCAGCACACUGACCAGCCGGGUGCAGGAGCUCAGCACCCCCACCACCCAGGACCCCCAUACCGUGCCCAUGCUCAAGAAGCAGCUCUGGGAGCUGGAGGGCAGUGCUGCUGAGCAGAAGAAGGAGCUGGAGAGGCAAACAGCUGCUGUUGAUCACCUGGAGCAGCUCCACCAGAGGAUGGAGCUAGAGAUGGAGAGGAUGAAGCAGAUCCACCAGAAGGAGCUGGAGGACAAGGAGGAGGAGCUGGAGGACGUGAGGCAGUCCUGCCAGAGGAGGCUCCGGCAGCUGGAGAUGCAGCUGGAACAGGAGUGUGAGGAGAAGAGGACAGUGCUGCAUGAGAAGCAGGACCUGGAGGGGCUCAUCGGGACCCUCUGUGAGCAGAUGGGUCACCGGGAUUUCGAUGUGGAGAAGCGGCUGCGCCGGGACCUGCGCCGGACCCGGGCUCUGCUGGCAGAUCUGCAGCCUCUGCUGCCCACCCCCGGGGAGCCCCGAACCAGCACCCAGGACCUCCAGCUCCUGCGCAGGCAGUUGGAAGAGAGGGAAGCAAAGUGUGCAGAGGCCCAGAGGUCCCAGCAGGAAGCAGCCCUGGAGCUGGAGAACCUGCGUGCAGAGCUGGAGACCCUCAGCAGGAACAAGACCCUGGUGGAUGAGCAGCUGGGUCAGCUCCAGCACCAGAGAGCUGAGCUCCUGAAACGCAUUGAUGAGGACCAGGAAGACCUGAACGAGCUGAUGGCAAAGCACAAAGCUCUGAUCGCCCAGUCAGCAUCAGACAUUGCUCAGAUCCGGGAGCUGCAGACACAGGUGGAGGAUGUGAAGAAGGAGAAGCAGAGCCUCCAGGAGAAGCUGCAGGCAGCACAGGCCCGGGCAGCACGGCUGGAGCAGUGCCCAGCAGAACGCUCCAUAGUCAGCAGGCAGGAAGCCCGGAUCCGAGCCCUGGAGAGCCAGCUGGACUGCCAGGCCAUGCAGAUGAAACGCUUUGAGGUGCUGGUGCUGCGGCUGCGGGACAGCAUCAUAAAGAUGGGUGAGGAGCUGGAGAGUGCAGCUGAGUCAGAGGCACGAGAGAAGGAGAACAGCAGAUACUACCAGAGGAGGAUGGAAGAGAUGAAGGCUGAGCUGGAUGAGCUGGUGCAGAGGGAGCUGGAGUCCAGCCGCAGGCGCCUGGAGCUGGAGCAGCAGCUGGCAGAGCUGGCAGGGACACGUCAGGUCCUGCAGGGUGACCUGGGCACCUCCAUCCAGCGCAUCGCCCGGCUGCAGGCGGCACUGGAGGAGCUGAGAGGCAGCGAUGACAGCGAUGCUGAGAGCGUGCAGACAGUGCCGGACUCGCUCUGCUCCCGGAGAGAGAUGGACACUGGAUCCACACUCAGCCUGGCACCCUCGGAGAGCAUCAAGUCCUGGCUGGGGUUAUCUGUGGGCAGCUCCUCCCCAGCAGGGACCAGCCUGGCAGGGAGCCUCUCAGCACCCUCCGACAGCCACAGCACCCAGGGCUCCAGGGUGAGCAGAGAGAGCCGGGAUCCUGCCCCAGCCCCGACCCGCCCGGCCCCAGCCCCAGCCCCGUCCCGCGGUGCUGUGGAUGCGGGGAGGAUGGGGAGUCCCUUGGUGGCUGCUCGAAGGCGGGACUCCAGCAAACCUCCUGCGGGAGGAGAGGACACGGAGAGCCCGAAAAAACCCGUGGAAAGGCCGGGAGAGACCUCCCCGUCGGUGGUGCUGGACAGGAGGCUGCCCGGCUCGCUGUCCCCAGCAGGGUCCCUCCGCAGCAGAGUGUCCCCCCCCAGCUCCUCAGCCGCCCUCUCCGAGUACGUGGAGGAGCUGCGGCGGCAGCGGGGGGCGGAGCGGGACCCGGGGCGCCGGGCACCGGGCGAUACCUCCCCCCUCCCCAUUUACCGCACCACGGGGGCAGCGGCCCUGAGGCGCUGCCGGGCACUGCCCGAGGAGGAGGAGGAGGAGGAAGAGGAGGGUUCUCCUGGCCAUCAGGCGGGGGAAGGCAGGGGAGGAGGUGCCAGCCUGGUGCGGUCCUGCAGCCUGAGGAGCGUGACCUCGGAGCCCCCCGAGCCCGCUCGCUCCCCGGCCCUGAGGAGAGCGUCCAAGUUCGGCUCCUACGAUUCCCUCCUGCAAUCCCUGGAGGGCUCCGGGCGCCAGCCCAGCUCCCCAGCCUCAGGGCUGCUGGGAACACUGAGGCUGAGCUCCUGGAGGAGCUGCCUGGAGCCAUCGGUGGAAGACAUGGAGGUGGGAAAGGGCUCCGGGGGGCUCCUGAGCACCUUGUCCAGCGAGGGGCUGGGUGAGGGUCCGGGCAGUGACCCCUUCAGCUGGAGAAUCCCCACCCUCAACUACGAGAGAAGAACCAACGUCGACUUCGAUGACUUCCUCCCGGCCAUCCGCAAAGCCCGCUCCACCAGCAGCCUGGCCAAGCCCGGCAGGGACAGGAGGGAUGGACACCGGCCCCUCACUGUCCGCUUCCAGGACGAGGCCCUGGCGGGUGGCUCAGCAUCCACCGAGACCAAGGGCACGGCCAAACGCAGCCCUGCAGCCCGGGAGGACCCCGGGGACCUCUCCGACUCCGACUCCUCCUCUGGAUCCCGCCUCUCCUCCCGCAGCACCGACAGCAUCAAGCGCCGGCCCCAGCGAGGGGAUGGGGAGGGCAAAGCCAGCCCCCAGGGCAGCCGGGCAGAGGCAGAGGGGAAGGAAGAUGAUGUCAACAGCAUCAUGAGGAAAUACCUGGGAAAAGAAUAAGACUCUGUUUCCGUGAACUGCAGUGGGUGAGGAGCCACCCUGGGCCACCCCUUCCCCUGCUCCUCUGGAAGAGCUCCGGGCAGGAAACCAGGAAUUUAAACAGAGACUGGAAGCAGCUCCCCAAAACUCAUGGGAUGGUUUGACAGAUGAUGAGACUUUUUGUUUUGGUUUGUUUUGAAAUAUACCAAGGUUUUUUUUUGUGCUCCUGCCGUUUCCAUCACUGGUGCUUCACUCAGGGCCAGCUUGGGGACAAGGGACUUUCUUGUUCUCCUGCAGUCAUUUGACUCAGGAGUUGGUGCUGUAAUGAAAACCCAGAAGCUGCCGUAGGUGCCUGAUCACUUUCCACACUGUGAAGAGCUGGAGGACCACCAAACCCCCUCCUUUUGAACCCAGUAGGUGCAGCCCAGAUGUCUCAACCCACCUUGUGCUGUUUAUCAUCAGCUGAAGGGCUGCAGGAUGCUCUGGGGUUCAGUGUGACCACAGCUCUUGUAUCCAGAUCCAUUUGGAUGUCUGCUUGGUUUUUACACAAUAAAAUAUUUGCUUUGACA